AUGCCUCUGAUCCGUCCGACUGCUCUACGGAGCCUCCAGUCCUCUCUGCGAUAUUCCAGCGCCCGCGUUGCGGCUCGCACAGCUCCCGCGCGGACACAAAUCGUCGCGAAGCGCUUCUCGAGCAGCGGCGGCCACGGAGGAGGACAUGGCCAGAGCUCGGAUCUGCCUUGGCUUCUAGCCGCACUGGCCAUUACACCCCCAAGUUGCUGGUAUCUGUGGCCCGACAGCUCGUCGCACGGUCAUGGUGACCAUGGCGAUCAUGGCGACCAUCACGAGGCGAAGGAGGAGGCCGCCGAAGAGCCAGCAGAGGAAGAGCCAGCCGAGAAGGAGGCUGGAGAUGAUGCCGAAGAGAAGAAGGAAGACAAGCCAGAGGCCGAGGAGGCCAGCUCCGACGACGAGAAGAAGGACGAUUCCGACGAAAAGGAGGACAAGUCCGAGGACAGCAGUGAAGACAAGAAGGACGAGUCUGAAGAGAAGUCCGACUCCGGGGACGAGAACAAAGAGACAAAAUCCAACUCGAAGAACAGGACCAACAAGAAGGAGUCCCCUAGUGCUCAGACGCUGGGGGCAACGGACUCGAAUGCAGCCACGGCCAAGUCUCCUGGCAAAAGCGACGGCGAUAUGUCCAAGAAGCAGGAAGGCAUGUCGAACACUGAUACCAAACACAGCAUCCCUAUCGAUCAGGGCACUGAAAAAAGCAAGAAGGGUGAUGGCUCUCCGGACACAGCAAAAUCCAAGGGAACUAGCACAAGCAAAGGUUCCGUUCAGACUGCAAAUGUCGCGCCUUUCAUCAUGGCAGAGAAGGACAGCCCCUUGAUCAAAGCGCUCCCACCAGCCUCCGACUAUCUGACCUACUUGACCAUCAUCGAAUACAACUUGACGCCUGAGAAUCUCCCGAUUCUACACAACGUGUUGCAGGACGAAACGCUGACAACCAAUAUCGGCUGGGACUUGGUGCACCUUCUAGUUCCACUUCUGCCCGAGUCAGAGCAAUGCUUGCAGGAUAUUGCCAGACUAGGCAAUCCGCGAGAAGUCAUUCUGAAAGUCACUGAAAGCCUGAGACUCAUCGAGUAUGAUGUGGUGGACGACGACGACGAGGACGGCGUUGUAGCUGGCGCCGGCGACGUGCGAGAACAGGCCGACUCGAGAACAUUCCCGCUCAAGACUGCAGCGUCCAAAGAUGGAGCUGCCUCGACCCAGGCCAGAGAGGUUCAACCUCCACUACCGUUGCCAGUGGAGCAAUUCGUGGCCCUUUUGUCCAUGCUCGGCACUCUGCAAACUCGCAUUAAGACCAAAGCGCCAAGUCGGUUUUUGAGCACAACGCUCGCUGCCAUCUUGUCAAGCUUUUCCAGCUCACAGAGCCAUCGCGAGGAGAUGAUUGAGUCCAUUGUGAAGCUCACAAAGGCUGUCAGCGGAACAGCAAGACCUGCUUUACCAGCACGGAAGAGCAGCGGCAUGCUUGGUUCGAGUGCCAUGGCAAUUGCUCAGAAUGCUGCUGACCCUGAAGGUCCGGAUGUUGUCGAAUACAGUGAGGAGGAGCAAGCCCUGCAGCUAAAGUUACUGCAAGCCUUCAUCACCCACGUGCUCGAGGAGUAUAUGUUAUCCUUUGCGCCCUAUGACGAAGUUCCUGGAAUGGCCUGGUGCAGCCGGAUCAUGGAGAAGGUGCAUCCAGAGCGUACAGUACCGGGUAACACGACUAUGGCGGACCGCUUCGCCACAGAAAAGAGACUGAACAGAAGAACUGAUGCUGUUGGACAGCUCGUGACACUUGCGAAAGAUCUACGUCUGUCCAAUGACGCCCUGCUGUCCGCAACAUCCAUCGUUGAGAAGUUAUCUGAGUUGUCUGACCCAGAUGGCGAUGAGGAUGAUUGUCCGGAGUCCGCAGCAGAUGUGCCCCUAUCUCGACAUGGCUCUCUGCUACUCUACACGGCAAGACAGGUGUCGACCAUUCUGUACGGAACGGAACAUGUGCCUAUGCAAACAGAAUCUCAAUUCGAGCUAUUCCCGCAUCACCAAGAAGUGAUGAAGAAUUGCUUGGCUUCACCAAAUAUGGGACAAGGCUACCUUGGUACUGAACCUGAAGCUCUGAUAGACGCUGUUCUGGCGCUUGGUCUGGUGUGCCUGGAGAGAGACAUGAUCGGAGAGCCGCAAAAUGACGAACAGUUCAAUGAGUAUCUUCAAGUGGUAGCUCUGCUUUCGUCUAACUGUCCGAACUCCCACUUGAGAGGUCAUGCGCAUUACCUUACAAGCACAGUUCUCCGCUCGCAGCCAGACGACCAGGUUCGCCUGUCCUUCAUCCGGGAUACUCUCGAGCAUUGCCCAUUUGAAAACUUGAAGGUCUCUGCAGUUGGUUGGGUCAAGGGCGAAACGAUUGAAGCAAAUCCACAGCGGGUUCCAGAGCACCAUCAUACCGAUGCUGCACAUCACGAAGAAAACAAGUCUAUCUUCGCGCGUCCCCUGGCUCUCGAUCGACUCGCACCGAGCCUGUUCCCUUCUCUCCGAGCGGAGCUCAUUACAGCUCCAAUUCUAGAUGCUUGGAUGACAUUCCAGACCAACAUCUCGUUCUACCUCGCCAGUCUGAACCUGAUCUACCUGCUUCUGAGUGCGAAGCACAUUCAGCAAUCACUCGAGAUUUCUGAGCUGUGGAAAAACAAUGACAUUGCGGGCAGUUUCCUAACUCCAUUAAAGGAAAUGAAGGACAGAAUCUCAGUGGCGAUGGAAAGCGGUGGGGAGCUUGCGAGUGAGAAGAAAGAUACAGCAGUAGCGGAGCUCGGGCUCUUACAGCAGACCAUCGAGAGGGUUGAAGGUGCCGUGAAGAACUUGAGUUAGGCCACCAAUUUCUGGCAGCCAUGACCGCAGAUCUUGCCAGCUUCAGCAAAGAGCUAGACAGGCGCGAAUUCAGCAAGUUGCUGCACUGCUCAGUGGUGUCGCUGGAGGCUACGCAUCUAGACGGAGCAAUGCGCCAAGACAUGAAUUCGACCGCGAAACAGCCACGGCUUUACACUGGCAUCAAGCACGCGCCGAGAGGCUAGAACGUAGCGAUCGAAUCAAGAAUAGGAUACACGAACCAAACUCGUUCGUGAAAGUAUGCUUGUCUACAGCGCUAAACUAUAUGUUCUGACGUGCCACCACACCUGGGUCCUUAGCAGGUCGAUCAAGUUGACCGUCCAGCGGUUGAUGAUUGUGGCAUCGUAUAAAAGAUGCAUCAGGUGCUCCUCCUCUCGCGUCAGAAAUUGCAAUUUUUCCAUACCUGAAACGUGCAAGAUACAUUCCCAUCAGCCAUGCAAUUCCUCACUCUAGCCAGCAUCUUCUCCCUCGCCACAGGCUCUCUGGCAGCUGCAUUGGCCCAGCCAGCGGCAAAGGCAAUGGCGGCAGCAGACCCCAGCGAAACAAGAGCCGCACCAGUUUGGUGG